GCAAAAGCCAGGUGGCGUUCCGACCAAGAACAUGUAACGUGAUUUGUGUGCUAUUAUCCGAUCUCAGAGUUCAUCGGCAUCUAAUGUAAAACCCCUGCACUAGUCAGAUUUUACUAUCGCAUGGGAUACGAACUUUCGCUUUGGCUUGCCCAAAUCGGGAAUACAGAAAAAUGCACCAAUCAUGCCGCAAAAGAGUUCCUAACCAAAUAAAAAAGUAUAAAUACAGUGAAAACUUCCUAUUGGAGGCUCAGAUCUAGUUCUUCAUCACUGGCCAAAUCUAUUCACAAUGAAGUAUCAGUUCUUUCUCCUCACAGCCUUUACUCAGCUCGUUACAGCUCGUUUCAGCGUCAACGUUGGCGUUGAGACUGUUAACGGCAAAUGCACUGUUGAUUUCCUACCGUCAGAUGAUGUCCUAGGAAGUGUUUACUGCGCGACUAGCAGCGACUGCCAUACCAACGGCAAUGACAUUGCCACAGCCCACGCCAAAUGCAGUACCCCCAAGGGCGACGCCGACCUCUUUAUAUACCCCAAAGAUACUCUCAAAUUUUGCCGAACUGGAUUUUGCUCAUGCAUGAACACCAGAAAAACGAAGCAUGUGCCUGGUCAAAACGGGGAUUUGAAUUUAUACAACGCCAAUGACGACCAUGCCUGGCCCUGUUAAGUCAAUAUAGCACCAGAUCAUUCUUGUUUCAGACAGGCAAAGAAUCACCAGGAAUCUGUUUAGUCGAAAGCCGCCGUUUAUAUUAUAGAAGAGGACUAAUGAUUAGCUACUAUCAGGAAUAUGGAUGUCUUUGUUGAAAUAAAUUGAAAUAUAGACGCCAUUUUGCAUUGCCACGCGCGGAGUAAUCGUCUCUGACCAAUCAAAGAAAC